AUGGUUCUUAUUUAUGUGGAUGAUAUUAUUGUAACAGGAAAUCACUCUGGUCAACUUCAGCUCUUUAUCUCUCGGCUUCAUACAAUGUUUGCACUCAAAGAUCUUGGUCCACUUCACUUCUUCCUUGGCAUUGAAGUGCAUCGAGAUGCAACAGGCCUUUACUUGAAUCAAUCUAAAUAUGUUAAGGAGCUGCUCUCACAGCUAGGAAUGCUACAUCUCAAACCUUGUCCCACUCCCAUGACUGUUGGUAAACCUCUCUCACGUACAGAUGGUACCUUGCUUGAAAAUCCCACUGCCUAUCACAACCUAAUUGGUGGCCUGCAGUAUUUAACACAUACAAGGCCUGAUCUGAGUUUUGUCGUGAAUAAACUCAGUCAAUUUCUACAAGCCCCCACAUCUGUACACUGGCACGCUGCAAAACGGGUACUCAGGUAUCUCAAAGGAACAAUUCACUACGGUUUGCACAUCAAAUUUUCAGAAAAAUUACAUCUCACCGGCUUCUUCGAUGCGGAUUGGGCUUGCUGCCCAGAUGACAGAAAAAGUAUAGCAGGGUACUGUGCUUAUUUGGGAGAUACUUUGGUCUCAUGGUCCUCUAAGAAACAAGCCGUGGUCUCUCGGUCUAGUACCGAGUCAGAAUAUCGUGCACUUGCCCAAGUAUCUGUCGAGAUAGCAUGGAUUCAAGCUUUGCUUCAAGAAUUUGGUUUUCCACUGCCUGCCACUCCCAUUACUUGGUGCGACAACAUGGGAGCAAGUGCACUUGCUGCAAACCCAGUCUAUCACGCUAGAACCAAGCACAUCGAACUCGAUGUUCAUUUGUUCGCGAUAAAGUACUACAGAAAGCCUUUGAUGUGCGCUAUGUGCCCUCUUCGGACCAAGUUGCCGAUUGUUUCACAAAGGCUCUCACUAAAGAUCGGUUUCAUUUCCUUAUUAGCAAACAUGGAGUGA